GACACAAGUAAUGUGCCAUCCUUUUGUAAAUCAUACGCCACUCAAGGUCACCCCUGUCACUGGUUUCACAGUACAUCUUCCGUUUCAGAUUACCCAUUCUCAAAGGAACCAUCUUGCUAUGUCUUUGUCCAGUGGAAGUUUAUUACGCUCAGCUCAACUAGUAUUUUUUAGACAACCUUUCAGAUGCGCAGGGAUUAAAAAAAAGAAGAACUACGCCGAGACCCCUUCUAGGUACCGACCUUCUGUACUUGUGAAGACUCUUCGUGGUUUUCAGUUUAAUGAUGGAGAUUAUGUCUAUAAAGGUGAUAUCUUAGUUCGGCAGCUUGGUAUGGAAAUAUACCCGGGUGAAUCUGUCAAAUUAGACCCAGAAACAUGGAACUUAGUAGCACUAAGUAAUGGACGUUUUACCAUUAGUACAGAGAAGCUUUCACCGUUUCCUGACAGCCCUUUAUAUGAUAAAGUGAAGGAUGGCGAAGUAAUUUAUAAACCAUUUGUUCAUGUAAUUGGUGAUCCAAUCGAACCAAUAUAUAAACUCAAGCGCAUUUUGUAACUAGUGACAAUUAUAGCUAUCAUACUCAACAAAUUGAUUUGCUUUCUAACUUUUUCUGAAGUUAUUCACCUCGUUAAAUCUUUAUUGUGUAACGUCAUAUCUGUUUAUCGUCAGUUUUAUUUAUACAAUAAGGAUUUGAUAGCACAACUAAGUUCCGGAAAAGGUUUGGAGAACCACAUUAAGAUAAUUAUUAACUUCGAAUAUUAGGGAGAUAAAGUUCUCAUUUUC